AUGGCGGCGGCCACGGCGCCCACGCAGCCCGCGCAGCCCUGGAGCGCGGAGGAGCUGCGGAGCGAGGCGCUGCCCAAGAAGGACAUCAUCAAGUUCCUGCAGGAACACGCGGCGCAGGCGUUCCUGGCCGAGCACCGCCUGCUGGGGCAGGUGAAGAACGUGGCCAAGACGGCCAACAAGGAGCAGCUGAUCGCGGCCUACACGCAGCUGUUCCUCACGCAGCGCUUCAAGGGCACGGACGGAGCCGAGCCGGCGGCGGAGAAGGCGAAGCCCGGCAAGUCGGAGAAGGAGAAGGAGAAAGCGGCGAAGGCCGAGGAGCCCGCGGAGGAGGGGCCGCCGAAGUACGUCAAAUCCAUCUUAAAGAAGGGCGACAAAACCAACUUCCCAAAGAAAGGAGACACCGUGCACUGCUGGUACACCGGGAAGCUGCAGGACGGAACCGUCUUCGACACCAACAUCCAGACCAGUUCAAAGAAGAAGAAAGCAGCCAAACCUUUAAGUUUCAAAGUCGGCAUAGGAAAAGUUAUCAGAGGCUGGGAUGAAGCUCUCUUAACUAUGAGUAAAGGAGAGAAGGCUCAGCUGGAAAUUGAACCUGAGUGGGCGUAUGGCAAGAAAGGGCAGCCGGAUGCUAAAAUUCCACCAAAUGCAAAACUUUUCUUUGAAGUGGAAUUGGUGGAUAUUGAGUGAAAUGAAGGUUUGUCUUUGCUGCUGGGAAUGCAUUUGAGCAAGAAAGCUUCUGACAGCUGCAGUUCUGCUCUCGUAACUUCAGGAUAUAACUACAACUGUGGCCUUGUAUUGAAAUCAGAUUUGCUCCCCCCAACUGCUGUACAGUAACACACCACUAAAGAAAACAUUGUUUAUACAUGCAA